AUGCGUUUCUUGCUGAUGCUCAGCGCCAUGGGCGCUGCAGCUGUCAGGCUCCCAGCCAACAAAGACAACCUGCAUCGCAGGGCUGUCCAGCCCGAAGGCAGCUCAAGUGUUGUGGUAAACGACGCUCAGAGUUCAGGAACAGCCCCCGACAACACGGGCUACGAGGGCAGCUACGAGUAUGGUCCCGGCUAUGACAACGUACCGGUGCCUACCACAACUCUAGUGCCGACUUCUAUUCCGGAUGAUGAGCCCUCAUCCACCCCAAACGACUAUGACACGGUCGAGGUGCCUUCAGGAUCUCAAGAUGAGUCGACGACGACAUCUGUGGAGGAGCAACCGGAGGAGCCCUCAUCAACCUCACCAGCCGAGAAGCUUCCCUCUUACAAGGUCUUUGAUAAGCACUGCGGUUGCACAAAGACCUACACGGGUUACCCGCCUCCUGGCCCACCAACCACGAGCAGUACUAUCUAUGUGCCUCCGACUACCACCUCUGUCUAUGUCCCCCCCACGACCAGCUCAACCUACGUGCCGCCGACUACUAGUUCGACUUAUGUUCCUCCGACCACCAGCUCUACCUAUGUUCCACCAACUACUAGCUCGACUUAUGUCCCCCCGACCACCAGCUCAACCUAUGUACCGCCGACAACUAGCUCUACCUACGUGCCGCCGACCACUAGUUCUACCUAUGUUCCACCAACUACUAGCUCGACUUACGUCCCCCCGACUACUAGUUCUACUUACGUGCCGCCAACUACUAGUUCAACUGAGUCUUCAUCUACUAGCUGCACUGAGCCAACUACUAGUUCCACCGAGCCGACUACUAGUUCGACUGAACCACCAACCACUCCGACUGAGCCCCCGACCAGCUCGACUGAGCCCCCGACCAGCUCGACUGAGCCCCCGACCAGCUCAACUGAGCCACCAACCAGCUCGACUGAGCCCCCGACCAGCUCGACUGAGCCCCCGACCAGCUCGACUGAGCCCCCGACCAGCUCGACUGAGCCCCCGACCAGCUCGACUGAGCCCCCGACCAGCUCAACUGAGCCACCAACCAGCUCGACCGAGCCACCAACUACCUCGACUGAGACGACAAUCACCAGUGAGACCGGAACUUGCAGCAGGGAGCCGCCUACAACCGUCUACAUCACAAAGUGCUAUGGGCAACCACCCAAGCAGACAGUUACUGUAACCAAGUGCUACGGUUGCCCCCCUAAGCCGACAGUGACCAUAACGAAGUGCUAUCCUCCCCCCUCAAAGCCCCCGAAGACGGUGACGGUGACCGACAGGGUUACCGACAAGGUUACAGAGACAGUGACCGACAAGAUUGUUGAGACGGUGACCGACAAGGUUAUCGAGACAGUUACCGAGGGCCACACCAUAACCAUCACCGACAGCGAGAUCGUUACCGUGACUCAGGGCCAGACUGUGACUAUUACCGACGGCACCACCAUCACCCAGGACCGAACUAUCACGGAAGGCCAGACAGUCACAGUCACUAACGACGGCGAGAUUAUUACCGUUACUGAGGGCCAUACUGUGACCAUCACUGAUGGUACUACUAUCACUCAGGAUAGGACCAUCACGGAAGGCCAAACCGUCACUGUUACUGACGACGGCGAGAUCGUUACCGUUACUGAGGGCCAUACUGUGACCAUCACUGACGGUACUACUAUCACUCAGGAUAGGACUAUCACGGAAGGCCACACUGUAACGAUCACCGACGAUGGUGAGAUCACCACCGUUACUGAGGGCCAUACCGUCACUCUCACCGAGACUGGCACCCCAGAAACUGUUGUCGUGACUGAGGGACGAACUGUGACACUCACCGAGACCAAGCCCCCUGAGACGGUUGUCGUAACCGAGGGUGAGACAGUUGUUAUCACCGAAGAUGGCGAGACGGUGGUUAUUACCGAAGAGGGAAGGACUGUGACUCAAGCAGGAGAGACCAUUGUCGUGACCGAAGAGGAAACCAUCGUUGUGACUGAACCAGGCAGAACCGUCACGCUCGAUGGCGAGGUCACAACCGUCACAAGGGAGGCUCAGACAGUAACCCGAGAUGGCCAAGUCACAACUCUUCCCGGAGAAACUGUGGUUGUCACUCAGCCUGGCCAGGUCACAACUCUUCCUGGAAGCACCGUCGUGUCAGUUGUUACGCAGCAGGUUCCCGGACCACGCGAAACGAUUGUCACCACUGUCACAAGGGAGGCCCAGACGGUGACCCGAGAUGGCCAAGUCACGACUCUCCCUGGAGAGACUAUUGUCCAAACUGUGGUUGUUACCCAGCCUGGUCAGAUCACCACCCUUCCUGGAAGAACCGUCGUCUCGGUCGUCACUGAGCAGCUGCCUGCGGAGACCGUCACAAUUACCAAGGAUGGCGAGACAAUUGUGUCUGUGGUCCCUGGCCCAACACAAGUUUACACCACCACCUUGGUUGUUGCGCAGACCGUGAACCCUCCUCCUACCACGGUCACUGUCUCGUCCGUCUUCAGCAUCACUCUGUGCCCCAAGCCUACAGGCAACUCCGAGCCCCUGGCCAUCGAUUCGGACCGCACCUUUGGCUGCAAGCCUGGCUACGUCUGCAGCCCUCCCAAGCCCAAGUCAUGCAACUUCUGGUCUGAGCCACCUGAGGACGACUACCUGUGUGAGCCCAAGUACUGUAUCCCAGCUCCCAAGUUCAAGAAGAUCAGAUGGCGCAAGAACGAGACCUCGUACUACGCUCCGUCUGAGGGAUACUUCAACCUGAACCCCGAGGCCUUCGGUCUUUCAUACGACAUCUUCAAGAAGGUUGUCGAGGAGAAGGUUAUCAAUGGUACAGUCACAACCAUCACCACCGGUAACUGGGCUUCCCAGACGACCUUGAGCGACUGGCCCAAGCCUACCACCACGACCACCACAACCUCCGUCGCUGAAGCCUACGACUACAUCCCCAGCGCCCACCAGCGCCGUGGAAUGCACAUGUUCAGCAAGCGAGAUGUCGCCCCUGCCGUCUGUUUCGAUGACUGUGAUGGUGCUUACAAGAUCGCUCUCUCUGUUGGAAAGUCUGACAAGCUCUGCGCCAAGGGAUCUUCUUUCAUGGGCAGCUACGCGGCCUGCACAGACUGUAUCACUGAAAACGAGGGCGAUGCUAAGACCGGCCUCCAGUCCUAUGUCGAGCCCAAGUUUGGACAAUUCAUCAACUACUGUGAGGGUGAGGACACCAAGCCUGCCACAACCGACUCCGGCCCCGAGUCUCAGGUCACUGGCAAGCCUGAUGUCGAGACAUCCGGGCAAGUCGAGGCCAGCACGGGCGGAUUCGAGGCCCUGACCACGACCGAGGAAGAUCUUGAGCCAACCACUGAGAUUAUCGAUCCAACUGCACCAGCUACGACGGAGGGGCCUGAGGAGACUGCUGCGCCCACUUCAGCUGAGAACGAGGAUGAGGCAACCACAGAGAUCGUCGACCCAACUGCAGAGGCCACAGAAGAGCCCAGUCCUACUUCUGCCGAAGAGGAUUCCGAGCCAACCAGCCAGGCAUCUGAAGAGUCUGAGCCUACUUCGACUCAGCAAGAGGAAGACGAACCCACAGGCUCGGUCGCGGCUGACGCGGUAACGACAACAGAGGACUCGCAGGCCAGUGUUACGGCAGCGUCCGAGGAUGAGUCUUCGGUUGCUGCUGAAGCUACUGAAGAGCCCACUGCGACGGACGAUGAUGAAGCAGCUGAGGAGACCUCAGCGACUGACGGAGCUGAAGAGACAGCAACCGGCGGGUCUAGCAACUCGGAGGCCCGCGAGUCUGAUGCUCGUGAGUCUGAGUCUGAGUCUCCGGAGACCACCGCUACUGUGACAACGGCUGCUCGGCCAAGCGGUUCUGUCGAGGCUCUCGGCACAGAGGCUACCGAGACUGAGGCCGUUGAGACCGACGCUUCUGCUCUUGGAGGCAAGGCUACUGAGACUGAGGCGACUGCCACAGACGCUUCAGCCGAGGGUGGCAAGGCUACCGAGACUGAGGCUGCUGGCACUGAUGCUUCUGCCCUUGGAGGCAAGGCCACUGAGACAGAGGGUGCCGAGACAGGCGCCGAGACAGGCGCCUCAGCUCCUGGAGGCAAGGCUACCGAGACCUCAGAGCGUCAGUCACACCUUGAGACGCGCACUUCGGCUCUUGUCGGAGCGACUACCACACCUGCCACAGUUGAAGGAGCGGCCUCUCGCAUCUCUGCCAGCUUGGCAUCUGUCGUCGCUCUUCUCUCAAUGGCGGCGGUCCUCUUCAUUUAA